AUGGACGGAGAAGACGUUGCUGCUUUGGUCAUUGAUAACGGAUCCGGUAUGUGCAAAGCCGGCUUUGCCGGUGACGACGCUCCAAGAGCCGUGUUUCCUUCGAUUGUCGGAAGACCUAGACACCAAGGUAUCAUGGUCGGUAUGGGUCAAAAGGACUCCUACGUUGGAGACGAGGCCCAAUCCAAGAGAGGUAUCUUGACUCUGAGAUACCCAAUUGAGCACGGUAUCGUCACCAACUGGGACGACAUGGAGAAGAUCUGGCACCACACUUUCUACAACGAGUUGAGAGUUGCGCCAGAAGAGCACCCAGUCUUGCUGACUGAGGCUCCAAUGAACCCUAAGUCCAACAGAGAAAAGAUGACCCAGAUUUUGUUCGAGACCUUCAACGUGCCAGCAUUCUACGUUUCGAUCCAGGCUGUGCUGUCGUUGUACUCCUCUGGUAGAACGACCGGUAUUGUCUUGGACUCUGGUGACGGUGUUACCCACGUUGUUCCAAUCUAUGCUGGUUUCUCUCUCCCACACGCCAUUUUGAGAAUCGACUUGGCCGGUAGAGACUUGACUGACUACUUGAUGAAGAUUCUUUCUGAGAGAGGUUACACGUUCUCCACCACUGCCGAAAGAGAAAUUGUCAGAGACAUCAAGGAGAAGCUCUGUUACGUGGCUCUUGACUUCGACCAAGAGCUGCAGACUUCUUCCCAGUCUUCUGCUAUCGAGAAGUCCUACGAGUUGCCUGAUGGACAGGUGAUCACCAUCGGUAAUGAGAGAUUCAGAGCUCCAGAAGUUCUGUUCCACCCAGGUCCACUUGGACUGGAAGCCGCUGGUAUUGACCAAACCACCUACAACUCCAUCAUCAAGUGUGAUGUCGACGUUAGAAAGGAGCUGUACGGUAACAUUGUCAUGUCUGGUGGUACUACCAUGUUCCCAGGUAUUGCUGAGAGAAUGCAAAAGGAGAUUACUGCCUUGGCACCAUCUUCGAUGAAGGUCAAGAUCAUCGCUCCACCAGAGAGAAAGUACUCUGUUUGGAUCGGUGGUUCCAUCUUGGCCUCCUUGUCCACUUUCCAACAGAUGUGGAUUUCCAAGCAAGAAUACGACGAGUCCGGACCAUCCAUUGUCCACCACAAGUGUUUCUGA